AUGUUACAAGCAAAAUGGAUUGAAGUUUCGAAUGUAAUUUCAAACAAGCCGAGUAAUCGAGUACAAAUUUUUAUAUUGAUCUUGUUUUGAAAAAUCGACUUAAAGAGAUAAUAUUUGUUCUCUUUUAUUGUGUAAAUGCCAAUCAUAUCUUUCAAAGUUUGCAGUUUCAUCCUGCUAAAGGCGUCAAUUGGGUUUGUUAUGAGGGUCACCCCUUUUAGCUUGUAAAGGAGCGCUACUUAAAAGAAUGUUACAAUCUUUCAAUUACAUCAAAGAAAACGUACAUGACUUAUUGAUUGGUAUUAAAAAUAACGUUUGUUAAACUAAAAAUUGAAAAGAAGCAUAGUUCAUUGGCUGUGAUGUUUUUCUAGCUGAGAUUUGCCUAUUCAGCUGCCAAAGAUGUUUUGUUCAAGAAAGUAAACAUUUCUUGUCUCAAUUUGCUUCACUGUCACAUGUAAUGAAAUGAGAAACGAGAAUAACUCACUACAUGGCAUUGACGUUUUUUAAUGCAUUCUUUUCUUUCCGUUGAUCAGAAAUUCAGUUUUUGGACGAUUUUUGGAAAUAGAACUGAGAUACUUUAAAGAACUAAAAAUCAUGGUUUCUAACAUAGGUUUCUGGUUUCUUUGGUAUUUUAAACGCUUUGCUUGUGCUGGACUCGUUACGAAAGAAAAUAUAUGAGCUGCUACCACAUACAAAUCAGAGUCCACAGUUUGAUUUGGGUUUAAGGUAGGUAAUUUUAUAGAAAAUAUUGAUAGCGUCUUUAAGUACCAUGCUUUAUGAUACAUAGAUUUGGACAGUCUUUAAACUAAAAUUGCGUUACUAAGAAUUCGAAAGGUUUCAUAACUUUAAUUCAAACAGACUUGGACUUUCGAUUCGAAGGCGUUACCAUUUUUUGGAAGGGCCCAGAAAGAAAGGCUAGAUCCGCGAUACAUAAUACUACCUUUUGACCGGUUUCACGUUGAAUGACUACACUGGAUAAAGCCUUAACAGAAUUCAACAGUUAUACCAGGGAUUAAAAGCUGUUUUUAGUUAAACACGAUUUAAAUCGGCUAGCACAAAUUUAGCAAAACUAAGGGUACCGUUACUUGAUCCCUUAUGUUAAAGUAAGUCUUUAAGUUUUCUGUUAUUGAUUUGUAUUUUGAUUGAAACUAGCUGAGUUGAACAUUGUUAGCUCUUAACUUGGGUGCACUUCUUAUUUGCCUUUAUAAUCCAAAAAAGAAUCUAAGGAUUAGCAACAAACCGGCCGAUCUUGCCGCACAAUUAUACAGAAAUGGGAGAGUAGACACUUUUUAAUAAGUAAAAAUUUUUUUUUUAUCUUUUCAUGACUUGCGAUCCCUUAAUUAAAACCUAAGGAUUGCUAUGACUUGAAACGUUGCGUGAUUGUCGUGGAUUUGAUAUGUUGCAAUUGAUCAAGGGGAAAGUGACAUCAUGUUGACAGCUCAAUGUCAACUCGGCGCAAUUUUUUAUUACUGCAAUCAUGACAAAAACAAAGCACGUACAGCGCCUUGAUCCGUUUACUCCUUGGAAAGUGGGAGGCCCUAAUCUAAUAAUAUCAUAACUUUUGCUUGGUGAUGAACCCCAGCUUUCAUGACCCUCGGUUAAUUGAACCACGUUCCCGCGCGCACAGUCGAAAAUUAUUCGUUUGCGCAAGAAAGAUUUCCGCACAGGGUAGCUGCUAUAGAAACCCUUGAAAUUCAUAAACCCAAUUUUUGCUUUUUAAUGUAAGGUAAUAUAAGAGGUGGUAACGGAAAAUUGAGGAUUUUCACGAGAGAAGAUACAGGGCGAAUAAGUUUUUUUAAAGGCCGGAUCAAAAUGACAGGUGUACUUAAGCUGUAAAAAUAAAUUGUUUAAUAUUCGAUUUUGAUUGCCGACGCUUCAAAGGGUUUCGGUGAUUGUCAUUUUGCAAAAGCACCAAGAUCGUAUUCUUUUAUAAAUUGUAGGUGACCAGUUUUCAGUGAUAUCAUGUUAUUGUAUGUUUCCGAUGCAUUAAAAAGAGUAUGAUUUAGUUUAAAGCGUUGGUGUUUUCUGUUUGCGCUUAGAUUUCAUAGCAAACAAUGAAAAAAAUCUAUUUCAAACACUGAGUUACUCAGUUUCGCAACAGUAUGUCGUCUUUAAUGGAGUAUUCUCCAUGUUUUAUAAGGCGGAUAUACUUUUAACUGAACACUGAUGUCGGAGCUCUAUGUAUAAAGUUUUAAACUAAUAAUUAAUUUCCAAAGAAAUAAAACCGUAUGGUAGGUUUUGAUUUUAUUUAUCAUAAGGAAAACGAUCUACUCAAGAGAAAGCAAAAAUUGGGGUAGAUGUUUCAAUUUACAGGAUAACAACUAUAUAAUAAUUAUUAUUCAUGUUAUAUUACCUAAUAUCACGAUGCGUGCUUGGUAUUUGAUAAACCUUUUUUAAAUAUUACUCUCGCUCGCUGUUAGUCACGUUCAACAGCAUUUUACCAUAUCCGUUAUUUCCUCUUUCGGAACUGAUAAAAAUGCAAUUAAUCACAAUAUUUAUUUUGCCCCGAGGUUGUCGGGUUUGAUUGGUUUAAAAUCAUUUAAUUUCAAUUUUCAGUUUUCUCCGGAUAGUAAAAUGUCCCGUCUAUUGCCUCAUAUUUUGUGUCUACUUUUAAUCAAUUUAUCUUCGAGACUUUCGGACCUCGUGCUGGGAACGUUUUUCUUACUUUUGCUCAUGGCAAACUGUAAGUGAAAAAAAAGGCACUUUAUGUGAGUGACAUUGUAUUUAGCACGAAAGUACUCAUAGGGGACACUAUUUUGUUUCGUCUCCUACUGGAGACGGGAGCGCCACUUUACAUGGUCAUCCGAGCCACGUUAAGUUCCAGACGCUUGCAGUGCAAAGGGAGUACCUUCAUUUCUCAGUUAUUUUAAGACCCUGAGUAUUGUUCCGGCCCUGGGAAUCGAUCCCACGACCUGCCGCUCAGCAGUCAAGCGCUCUACCGAAUGAGCCCUUUGACUCCCAGUGGUGGGCAGAAUUAAAUUUUUAGAAAUGGUUUCAAAUUUGUACUUGUCAAAUUGUCAGAUCUAAAAAUUUCUGUUCAUAAGUUGUGCCAAGGAGGUCCCAUAUGGAGGUUAAAACAUAGGAUUUGGCUCGAGUGAAAUAUCACCACUCAAUACUCAGGCCCGGUAUGGGGGGGGAGGGGAAUAUACCGAGUACACCGGAUUUCUCUUUUUUGCCCCGAAACUACCAAAAUACCGUAUAAAUUGACAAAGAAUGCAAAGAUACAGACAUUUUGGAGGUUGACGCUGAAAGUUUUUUUUAAAAAUUUCCUUCUUCAUUUUUCGCCCGACCAGUGCUUGACUAUGGAUAAAAUCUUAUAAAAAGAGGCUUAAGAAAUGUAACAGACGUUUACAUCAUGAUUUCAAAAUGGCGGCCAUCUUGGAUUUUUACAAUGUUAGAAGAUUGUCGGUUGGUGGAAAAAUUUCAAGUAAAUGCAGUUUUUGCCGCAUGCUCUGGGUAAAAUUUAACAAUGUUAUUUGAUUUUUGUCGUAGGAAGUAAUGCACAUGGUUUACAAUAGAGAGCUGAGCCAAAGACUGCUUUUUGCAGCUGUAGCCAUCUUGUCCUUGGCGGGAAAUCUAUUUUUUAUCGUUCUCAUCGUACGUUACAGGAAACUCAUGAAAAACGCGUAUCACGUGGUACUUUUGAACUUGGCGUUUACUGAUAUGAUGACAGGUGACGUCAUAUUUUUUUUCAGUUGUUUUACGAAUACUUAUAUUUUAUGUGCGGAGUAACAUUCGUUUGGUAAUUGAUAAAUGAAUGAAAAAGGCUAUGAUAUCAUUACGGCACUUAUAUUCUCACCUUUUCUACUCCUGAAUAAACAAUAGACCUACUCGGCUAACUCAAUGUUGUACCCAAUUCAAAUCUCCCGGGGUCAAGAUUCUUUGUGUACUGUAUUUGCAUGAUAAUGUUGCAUUCACAUUUAAAUGAUAUGGAAAUUCCUGAAACAAAACGUUUUAUCCCCAAAGGGUUUGAAUUGGGUACAACAUUUAGUUAGCCGAAUAGGUCUAUCUGACAAAUGCUGAAUGCGAAAUUUCCCCUAAAACCAAACAAAUUCAUCUUCUGAAGAAUUUUGAUAUCAAACAACAAAUAUCGGAGAACAGACAUCAGACAUCAGAAAUCCACACAAGACAUCACAUCAUUACCAUCAUCAUUAUCAGCAUCGUCACCUUUUUAUAAUUGGGCGUCUUUCUGACUCGAAUUUAUCGAUGGAUCCGGUGAAGAAAGUGUUUUGUUUACAAAUGCAAAUUAAGUCUUGCGUCACUUUAUUUAGCUGACAAGUUCGUAACUCCAUUUGAAGAAAUUUUCCCACAAGACUGCAAAAAAAAAAGGCCGUCAAAAGUUAUGUUUGUCAGCAAGAAAAUGCGACGGUUGUUCGGUCAUUUGCGCGCCAAAAUUGUAAUUGUUGGGUAGCGGUAAAUGGGUUAAAAACCAUUAUUUUUGUGCCCAAUUAUCUCACAGCUUUAGUCAGCACCGGCUCGAGCAAUUUUCCACCUCAGUGUCGGUAGCUAGUGGUUAAAAUUUAAUGAGCCACGAAGCGGCGAUGUCCGAUGUCUGAUGUCCGAGGCCUGAUGUCUGAUGUUUGAUGUGCGAUGUCUGAUGUCUGAUGGUUGAUAUCUGAUGUCUGAUGUCUGUUGUCCGAUUCUGUUCGCCGUGUCCGAUAUAUGAUGUCCGAUGGUUGAUGUUUGUGUUUUGACGUAAGAUGUCCGAUAUUUGAUGUCCGAAGUCCGAUGUCUGAUGACCAGUGUCUGGUGUCCGAUGUGUGACUGUGUGAUGUCCGAUGUCUGAUGUCUGAUGUCAAAUGUCUAAAGUCUGAUGUCCGACAUUUACUUUCACCAUUUCAUAUUUGAAAGCGAAUUAUUCUUUAUCGUUACCAAAGCAUUAAUUAUUGAUUUAAUCUAUUUCUUUUAGGCUUUUUUCUCUUUUUAACUCCAGUUUACAUCAUCGGAGAGCAGCCCAAAUUAACUGGUCAGAACAUUGGCUCUGCUGUUUUUUGUUAUAUUAUCGCAAACCAAUUUCUUGUCUUCACCUUUGGAAUCGUCUCUCUAUACACUGUCACGCUACUCGCCGUGGAGCGUUGGUUUGCUGUCUUUCGUCCCUUGAGAUACAAAACAACAUUUAGGCCACACAGAGUGCAAAAAUAUCUUGUAAUCAUCUGGUUGAGUUCUUUUGCUUCAAACAGCACUCACCUUCUGGAAACAAAAUUUCUAUUACACAGCAAAAACGAGACGCAAAGAUGCGUGUUUCGCGGAAUAGCAGGGAAUGAAUCAAGGGCUACUAUAGGAGUAGUAGAGAUCUGCUUUAAGUUUUUCACUCCUGCAUUAAUAUUAUUGGUGACAUUUUCACGCCUUUAUCAUUUCAUGAGAGAUUCAUCUGUUCUUUCAACAACUCGUCGAAGUCACGUGGUCAUCACACGAGUGAUCCAUAUGGCGGCAAUAACAUCAUUUGCGAUGGUGUUCUGUUGGUUUCCCAAUCAACUGUUUUAUUUACUUUUCAAAUUCAACCUGGUAGAGUUAAACACGGGGUGGCACCGAGCAACUGUUAUUCUCUGUAUGUUUAACUCAUGCUUAAACCCAUGCAUAUUUCUCUUAAGUAAUAAAUUUUACCGACAAAAAGCAAACAAAAUGCUGCCAGAUUGCAGAGGGCUGCGAAAGAGAGGCAAGACCUCAUUGGCUGAAAAGACCAACGUGACUGAGUCUGUUGUCUGUGUAAAGUUUAUCAAGACACAAACCAUGGGAGAGGAGGGUGUGGAAAUGUUGGAAUAG